UCAGCAGGCAGCAUAAAAACACUCACCCUUAAGGGAAACAAAUUAAACGGUUUGCAGUCAGCCACGAUCACUACUUGUCCCUCCCUUUCUGAACUAAAUUUGUGUGAGUGUGGUCUGACAAGCAGUGACAUUAAACCCCUUUUCCGACUCCUGUCGGCUGCAGGCAGGUUAAAGAAACUUGUUCUUAAAGGGGACAAAUUACACGAUAGGAAACCGUCACAGAUCACUGCUGUUCCGUCUCUGUCUGAGCUACAUCUCGAUGAGUGUGGUCUGACAAAUAGUGACAUUAAGCCACUUUUCUCUCUCAUGUCAGCAGCAGGCAGCGUAAAGACACUUGCUCUGAAAGGAAACAAUUUACACGGUUUGCAGCCGAAAGGAAUUACUGCUAUUUCCUCCUUGACUGAACUACAUCUCAAUGAGUGUGGUCUGACAAAUAGUGACAUUAAGCCACUUUUCUCUCUACUUGCAGCAGCAGGCAGCAUAAAGACACUUGUUUUGCAAAGAAACAAUUUACACGGUUUGCAGCCUGUAACAAUCUCUGCUGUUCCCUGCCUGUCUGAACUUCAUCUCUAUGAGUGUGAGCUGGAAAAUAGUGACAUUAAGCCACUUUUCUCUCUCCUGUCAGCAGCAGGCAAGGUGAAGACGCUUGUUUUGCGAGGAAACAAUUUACACGGUUUGCAGCCUGAAACGAUUUCUGCUGUUCCCUGCUUGUCUGAACUACAUCUCUUUGAGUGUGGUCUGACAAGCACUGACAUUAUGUCACUUUUCCGUCUUCUGUCAGCAGCGGGCAGCGUAGAGACACUUGCCCUGAGAGGACUCAAUCUACACGGUUUGCAGGCGGAAGGGAUCACUGUUGUUCCUUCCCUAUUUAAUCUACGUCUCUAUGAGUGUUGUCUAACAAACAUCGACAUUAACCCGCUUUUCUCACUUAUGUCUGCAGCAGGUAGCGUAAAGACACUUGUUUUGAAAGAAAACCAAUUAAACGGUUUGCAGGCGGAAGAGAUCACUGCCGUUUCCUCCCUGACUCACCUAGUUCUCAGUUGUUGUGGUGUAACAAACACUGACAUUAGGUCACUUUUUUCUCUCCUUUCAUCAUCAGGCAGCAUAGAGACACUCACCCUUCAGGGAAACAAUUUACACGGUUUGCAGCCCGAAGGAAUUACUGCUGUUUCCUCCUUGACUGAACUACAUCUCUUUGAGUGUUGUCUAACAAUAGUUCCAUUAAGCCACUUUUCUCUCUACUUGCAGCAGCACGCAGCAUAAAGACACU